AUGAGGAAGACGAUAAAACCAGUAGCCAGAAGUAGCGUAAGUUAUUUUUUUAUCGAUUAAAAAUUGUAGCCAUUUUUUGUUUUGUAACCAAAGUUUGUGUAAAUUUUUCGUUUCCUAAAAGUUCUUGGUAUUUUUUGUCUUGUAAAGAAAGUUUUCGCUAUUUUAAGCAAAAAAGACAGCAGUUCCAAAGUAAUCGAAAAAGAAGUACGGUAGCGUUGAGAUAGCUAAACCCAUUACUGUAUUUUUGUGCCGUCUUUAGCUUGAAAUGGUAAUUAUUUUCUUUGCACAAAAUGAAAAAAUCAGACUAUUUUUACAUAAAACAACAAAAAACACAAAAUCUUUGUUUUCAAUAAUAAAUAUAGCAAACAUUUUAUUAAGGGGUAUAUAUGAUAGGAAAACAUAACUAGGCAGGGAUAGAACAAGGCUAGGAAAGAAAUAAUGCAGGACUCUGACAGGGCAAGGGCAAAGGCUAGGGCAAAGCAAGAGCUAGGGCAGGGCUAAGGCAGGGCAUGGGCAGGGCUAAGGAAAGGGCUUGGGCAUGAGAUAGGGCAGGGAUAAAGUAGGGAUAGGGCAAGGCUAGGGGACGGCUAGGAAAUACUAGAGCAGAAUUUAGUUAUAAUUUCGAAAAUUUUAGUCAUCGGACGAAAGAGACUCUCCGACGGUGUUUGUAAAAGUAAGAAAAAGCAAGCCGGCAACCACUUCACGGCUGAGAGCCCUGAAACAGGUAAGAUAACAUUUUGUAACUUGUCGAUUUGUUAAGAAUUUUUUGCUAUUUUUAAUAUUUGGUUGAAUACGAAAGAAAUUUUGGCUGACAAAUUGUUGUCGCCUCAUUAUUUUCUUGUUUUUCAUUUUUAAUCAAUGUUUUUUAUGUUGUUAAAAAACUCAAAAUUUGAGCUUCAUUUUAAUGCUUUAUAUGUGCUCUUCAGCACCAGUUUAUUGUAAUACCUCAAACUUGGCUUAAAACACGUUUUUUGUAAGACUCGAGCAGGGGCUGACCCCCUGUCGACACCAAAAUUUUUUUUGCUUCAAAUUGGCUCAAUCUUGCACCAACGUGUACUAAAGUACUCAUAAACACAAUAAACUAAAAAUUUUUUUUCAAAGUUACAGUAGUCAGGCAUACUGUAACUGGCCUACGAUUUUUAUAGCUCAAGAACGAAUGGCGCUGGAAACGUAAACUUUUUUUUAAAAUGUAGAGCAUACAAUAUGAUGUCACUUUGCUGUUUACACCAACUUUCUAUGUCUACAAAAACUUAUUUUAAAAAAUUAAAUUUUCAUAAAAGUUACAGUAAUCUAGAAAUAUCUAAAAAUAAAAGCACUUUGUUCGCUUAUUUUUAUUCGUGAUUAUUAAACUGCAUUUUCUCGCGGUUCGAGUGCACACAAACACGGUGCACAGAAGUGUCGAAAUAGGGUGCAAAAGUGCAUUUGAAGUUGGGAGAUUGCAAAAUUUUUUUAUCAAAAAUUAAAAAAAAAAUUGUUUUGGGGUUGCAAAAACGUAAAGCAUAAAAAACAACGUUACUUUGUACGUCACACCAAAUUUCUAUCUUGUCUACAAAGAUUGCAUCUGAAGUUUGCACAUUGAAAAAUUUUUUUUCAAAAAUCAAAAAAAAAAUGGUUUUGACGUUGCAAAAAUGUAGAACAUAAAAAACAAAGUUACUUUGUACGUUACACCAAAAUUCUAUCUUGUUUACAAAUAUUUUUAAAAACUAAAUUUUCAAAAAAGUUACAGUAAUUUGAAAAUAUCACGAAAUAAAAGGACUUUGUUAGCUUAUUUUUAUUUGUGGUUAUUAAACUGCAUUUUUUUGCGGUUCGAAUGCACAUAAACUUGGUGCACAAAAUUGUCGAAAUGGGGUGCAUAAGUGCACUUGAAGUUGGCAUAUUGCAAAAUUUUUUUUUCAAAAACUAAAACAAUACUUUCCAAAACGUUUAAAUUUGUUAAUUUUUUACAUUUUGCAACGUCAUAACAAUUUUUUUUGAGUUUUGAAAAAAAUUGUGCUAUGUGCAAACUUCAGAUGCAAUCUUUGUAGACAAGAUAGAAAUUUGAUGUAACGUACAAAGUAACGUUGUUUUUUAUGCUUUACGUUUUUGCAACCCCAAAACAAUUUUUUUUAAUUUUUGAAAAAAAAAUUUUGCAAUCUGCCAACUUCAAAUGCACUUUUGCACCCCAUUUCGACACUUCUGUGCACCGUGUUUGUGUGCACUCGAACCGCGAGAAAAUGCAGUUUAAUAAUCACGAAUAAAAAUAAGCGAACAAAGUGCUUUUAUUUUUAGAUAUUUCUAGAUUACUGUAACUUUUAUGAAAAUUUAAUUUUUUUAAAAUAAGUUUUUGUAGACAUAGAAAGUUGGUGUAAACAGCAAAGUGACAUCAUAUUGUAUGCUCUACAUUUUUAAAAAAAAGUUUACGUUUCCAGCGCCAUUCGUUCUUGAGCUAUAAAAAUCGUAGGCCAGUUACAGAAUGCCUGACUACUGUAACUUUGAAAAAAAAUUUUUAGUUUAUUGUGUUUAUGAGUACUUUAGUACACGUUGGUGCAAGAUUGAGCCAAUUUGAAGCAAAAAAAAUUUUGGUGUCGAUAGGGGGGGCUCGGACCUUACAAAAAUUGUGUUUUAAAGCGAAGAAGACGAUCUCUACGUAGCCAUAAAAACUAACUUUGGCUCCAAAAAUUCCUAUGCUACUGGUUUAAAACGCCUGAUAAAAGUUAAACACAUUGUGUUAAUGUUGAUAAUAACAAUUUUGAUUAAUAAAUACUUGUUGUUAAACUUUUUUUUGCUGAAAAAAAAAUUUAGUAGCAUAAUCUUUCGCAUUCAACCUAUUACUUCAGUGUUGUAAAGAGAUGUUUUGGGAUUAUCUUAAUAAAUUUUUGCAUUUUUUACUUGUUAGUAUAAUUUUUGCUUUAAGAAAAGCCGCCAGAAGAAAGCAAAGGCCGUUAAGGAGACUAAAAAUCCUUCGAAGAAAACUUCUAAUCCACCAGUAACGCCACGGUAGGUAAAACUUUGUUUUUCCUCGGGCACAGACAAGACUAGGACUAAGAUAAGGAGAGGGCUAGGGCUAAGUCCCAGGUAAGAGCAAGGGCAGAGCCAGGACAGAAUUAGAACUAAGGUUAGAACAGCACAAGCAAUAGGAAAAGAAUAGGGGCAGGACUCGGGCUAGAACUAAAAGUAGGGAUAAGCCAAUAUUAAGAAAAGGACAGAGCUAGAACCAUAUAAGAACUAGGACUAAGAUCAAAGCAGGAUUAGGUCAAGAAUAGGGCUAGGUCAAAGGCUAGAGCAAGAGCAGAGGUUGAGCAGAGCUAGAGCCAGGCAAGAACUAGAUCUAAAGCAAGACCAGAACAAAGGCUAGGAAAAAGCUAAAGCUACGACGCAAGGCUAAGGUUAAAACAAGGCAAGCAGGGGAGAGGGAGGGGGGCUAGGCCCGGUCCAGACCUAAAGCCAGGGCUAAGCCAAGGCUAGGGCAAGGACAAAGCGAAAGCCAGAAGAAGACUAAGCUUAAGAGUUAAAGCACGGACUAGGGUCAUAGCUAGGGUUGAAACAGACCAAGCAGGGAGGGGGGGGGGGGGGGAGACUGGGCUCGGUUAAGAACUAGCGCUAAGAUUAGGGCAAGCGUAAGACGGGCUAUGACAUAGCUAUAGCCAAGACAAUACUGGCUGAAGCCAGGGCAGGCUAAAGCGGUCCAAUGCAAGGCUAGAACAAGAAUAGAGUUAAGGCCAGGGAGGACUAGGUCAAGAUUAAGGCUAAGGCUGAGCAAGAGCCAGUACAGAACAAGGACUAAGGUUAAAAUCCUUUUAAAAAGGUUUAAAACAGGGCAAGCAAGGGGAAGAGAGGGGAAGGGAAGACUCGGUCUAGAACUAGAGGUAGACUAAGACAAGGACAAAGCUAGGACCACAUGAAGAAUUGGGCUAUGAUCAAAACAGGAUUAGGUCAAGAAUAGGGCUAGGUCAGAGGCUAGAGCAAGAGCAGAGGUUGAGCAGAGCUAGAGCCAGGCAAGAACUAGAUCUAAAGCAAGACCAGAACAAAAGCUAGGAUUCGGUACCGUAACCUACCUGAAUAGUGCAAACAGGGCCGGACGCGAGGGGGGGAGGACGGGGGGGUACCCCCCCUGAAAAAAAUUUUCGAAAAAUUUGAACGUGGUCCCCCCCCCCUGUGGAUUUUUGGAAAAAAAUUUUCGCAAAAAAUCGGCACAGGCUACCUGUGCCGAUUUUUUGGACCCCCGCCCCCAGACCAAAAGUCCCCGCCCGGCCCUGAGUGCAAAUGCCUGCUACAAGUAGCUUCAGUAUCAAAAAGCCUCUGUUAUGAACAAUUUUAUAAAAGCAUAUAAUAACAAAAAAUUCCGUUAAAAAAUCUACAGUUAAAUUUUGAAACAAUAACCUUAAUUUUUUAGAAGCGAUGAUACAAAGAAAUCAACCGAAAAAACGAACCAAACCGAGGAAAAGGAUAGUAGGUAGGUAAAAAAUUGUUUUUAAAUAGAAGUACAGGGUGUUACAAUAAAGUUGUAACUUUUGAAAAAUAUAUUACUAACCGCCUCCCUUUUUUCAUGGCUAAGUAAUAAAUUUUUCAAAAGUAUGUAAAGAAAAAUUUUAUUUUUCUUUAUUUAUUUUUCUAUUUUUAAUCAUUUUUUAAUUUUUUUGUGUCUAUUUUUAAGCCAUUUUUUAUUUUUUUGUGUAAAGAAAGUUUAAUAAGUUUUAUACAAUUUCAAGUCUCUGUUUUGUGUAUCUACUCAUUUUCUAAAAUUUUAAAUUUUAACUAAAUUUUUUAAAUUUUGAAACCCAUUUUUUAAUUUUAAUAACACUGUAUCAUUCUGAAACUUACGUUGAUGGCUUCCUCGUUGUAAUUGAAAUCUUCCUUCGUUUGAUCAUCGGCCGUGGUUCGGCCUUUCAUCGACGAAGAUGACUUGCAGUUGUCGUUCUUCGACUUGCUCAUGGUUGAUUUUUCAAUUGUAGUUUUGCAUUUGCUUACUGCUUCUUUACUGCCAACUGUCCUGGUGGUCUUGCCUUCCUUGCUAAGGUUCUUCUUCACCUUCUCCUUACUUCCCGCGCCCUUUGUCUAGCCGGAAAAGGCAAAAACGUUUAAAAAAUGUGUUUUAGCACGCCUUAAAACAAUUUUUAUAAAUUUUUAAUGCGUCAUAAUGACGCAUUUAUUAGAAUGACUUUGUUAAACCAUAUCUUGCCGAAACAUAUUUCAAUUUCUUUAAAAAUUUUAACAUUUUCGUAAUUUUUUAUGUUUUACAUUUUAUCUUAUUCUGCAAAAAAGACAUAAUUGGUCCCACUGGUACAAACUGGUACAUGUAUUCAUAAAUUCCACCAUUUCUCAAAAAAAUUUCACUAUUUUAAUAUGAAAUCAUUAUAAAUUUUAAAAUAUAAGGAAUAACGAUCUUUACUCUUUAGUCAAUGCACCACAUCUCUCUUCUUGCUUACGGUAAAUAGAAGACUUUAUGCAUGCAAUAGCAUUAUGAAAACACAAGAUAUUAAACAAUACUUUUUAUGUCAUUAAAACUUUUAUUUAUAUUCUUUUUUCUGCUUUAUUAUAUAUUUUUUUGCUCUUUCUAAUUAUGCUAAAUAUUUAUAUUAAGCUAGCGAAAUUUUUUUGAGAAAUGGUGUAAUUUAUGAAUACAUGUAUCAAUUUGUACCAGUGGGACCAAUUAUUUCUUUUUUGCAGAAUAAGAUAAAAUGUAAAACACAAAAAAUUACGAAAAUGUUCAAAUUUUUAAAGAAAUUGAAAUAUGUUUCGGCAAGAUAUGGUUUAACAAAAUCUUUCUAAUAAAUGCGUCAUUGUGACGCAUUAAAAAUUUAUAAAAAUUGUUUUAAGGCGUGCCAAAACACAAUUUUUAAACGUUUUUGCCUUUUUCCGGCUUUAUUUGACCGUUUUCCGCCAUUUCCGAUUAUUGGCCUCCGACCGGAUUCGAACCCGUGCGCUUCUGACCGGGCGGAAAACGCACUACCAGUUAGACCAUGAAAAUUUUCCCGCGAGAUCUAGAAUCGGGAAUAGUGCCGUCUAGAGCAGAAUUUUGCGCUGAUUACGAAUAUGAAAUAAAAUUUCGGUAAGAUAUGCAAUUAUUUUGAGAAGCGAUGCGUUUUUUGUGUGCAAGUACCAGUUUGGACGAUAAAACCCAACUGAACAAAUUUGUUGCAAUGAAACAAAAUGUAGAGCAUAAAAGUUAUGUAAACGCACAAAAUUUGAAAGCGAUUCAAUUUGUUGUAGUUGAGAUAUAGUGCGGUAAAGUAAUUUUGAUAAAUGUCAACAUAACGUAUUUUUCAAAAUAACUUUAGGAACGUGUUUAUGAACACCCUAGGACCUAUUUUAUAGAAAAAAAUCAUAAGGUAAAAUUUCUAAGGCACACUCCAUAUUGCGGCCGACGCGACUUCUCACAAACCGUCUUUUAAAUGAAAUAUUGAAAAAACAUCAAAAAUAAAAUACAAAGACAAAAAAAAAUAACUAAAAAUUUUUCAGCCGACCGUCGAAGACUAGCGGAACCAUCAAGGCGCAGGCUAAAAAAGCGUCGGCUGAGAAGACCAAAAAACCGAAGGGAAAAGAAGUUGAAGCCCGCGCCAGGUAGGAUAAACCAUUUUUUUUAAAUAAAUUAGAAAGGUAAAGAGAGAGUUUUUGCCAUUUUUAAUUCGUAAACAAAAUUCUUGCCAUUUUUUAAUUUGUAAACAAAGUUCUUGCCAUUUUUUAAUUUAUAAUGAAAUUUUCAAUUUAUAAUGGAACUUCUUGUAAUUUUCUUUACAAAAAGAAAAAUGACAAGAACUUUUUUUACAAAACAUAAUGGCAAGACAAUGGAUUCUAAUCCCAACUUAAAACCAAAAAAAAUAAACUCACAAAAGUGUCGUUCACAAAACCAUUUGGUUUUCGGAAUGGGAUGUCAUCCAUGUACAUCCAAUGUGACGCUGUGUAUUCAUUUGAUAGUCUCUGUAAAUAAACUUUGCAUGGUCUGAGCUUGGGUCGGUGAAAAUAAACAAUUUAUAACGGUUUAUCAACUAUAAAUGGCAAAAACUUUCUUUACAACGCAAAAAAUAGCAAGAACUUUCUUUACAAAAACAAGGUACAUUUUUAAAACUGGGAUCUUUUCUGAUAACGCAAUUUUUACGUAAAAAUUUUUUAAAUAAAGCCAACUUCGAAUAAAUUAUUGUAACAAAAGCCUGAUAGACCUUCUUUUAAAAAGCAAAACAAAUCUAAAUAAAAUACUAAAACAAAAAAAAAUUAAAUAAGAAUUUUUCAGAAGCCGAAACUCAACGGCAGGGAAUAGAAAAGGCUCCGCGGAAAAGAAGAAGAAGGAAAAAUCGGUGGGGAAGCAGGAUAGAAAGGCGGUGCAAGCCAGGUAGGAUAAACUAUUUUAAUAUAAAUUAAAUUUGCACUCUGCUUUAAAAUUUUCAAAAUAUCAUACAAAAUUAGAAUAAAACAGUUAAAACAAGGUUCACGAGAAAAUCGAACAUUGAACGGACAGGGGCGGCACAUGAAAAAAAAAGUAUUUUUAAAUCUUUUUAUUUUUUGACCAAUGUUAGUACUCAUUAAGUAGAAUCAAAAAAUAUUUUAAAAAAAAUUUUUUUUGGGUUACUGUAGGAGUACUGUAGAUUUUACUUAAAUUUUGUAACUUUUUUGUCUGUUAACCGAUUUGGAUGAAACUUUUUUUGCUUGAUAGAGGACUUAAUACAAAGAACUUUUGCUCUUGAUUACUUUUUUCCAUUAUGCCCGGAAGGCAUUUAAAAAUGUAAAAAACUUUAAAAAUAGUAAAAAAUAUUACAGUAUGACAUUUUUCUCAAAAUAAAAGCACUUUGGGAAGACGUUUUCUCUACGAAUUAUUAAAACAGAGGUAAGUAUCGUUAAAAUGAGUGUAGCCACGUUUCCUGAAAUUGGGGCAAGCGUGAGUUAUGAGGCCGUGAACCUAAGGCAGUUACUCAUUUUGACUUAUCAUAAUAUUAUAACUUGGUUCAAAAUGCUUCUAAACGGUUAAAAAUUUUUUACUUUUUUUAUUUUGACUUUAUUUAUUGAUUUUAAUUAAUUUUUAUUAAUAAAAAAUUUUUUUUUGUUUUUGUAUUUUUUAGACCCAGUGGGGACGCUAAAUUUUAAAGAUUUUUUUGAAAUCCGAAAUUUGUGCCAUAAAGGUUUUAGACUAUGCUGAGUUCAAAAAUAUGAUUUUUUCUUUUGAUUACUGUAUACUAGAGUACUGUACGAGUCCGGUAGAAUAUCUCUAUAACGAAGAGUCGUAGUGAGGUGGAGUCUUUAUUAUCACGUUGUAUGGACAAGAUAUAGUACUUUACAUAGUAUUAUUCAAUAUAUAUUAUAUUCAAAAAUGGUACGCGUAAGGGUUUUUUUUAUUAUAGCUUAAUUACUGUACUCGUGACUCAAGAUACAAAAUUUUACUACGGUAAAAAUGUAUAUAAAACUUAUCCUUUAAAAUAAGGUACUAUAUCUUGUCCGUAAUACAUAAUAAUAAAGACUCCACCUCACUACGACUCUUCGUUAUAGAGAUAUUCUACCGGACUCGUACAGUACUCUAGUAUACAGUAAUCAAAAGAAAAAAUCAUAUUUUUGAACUCAGCAUAGUCUAAAACCUUUAUGGCACAAAUUUCGGAUUUCAAAAAAAAUCUUUAAAAUUUAGCGUCCCCACUGGGUCUAAAAAAUACAAAAACAAAAAAAAAUUUUUUUAUUAAUAAAAAUUAAUUAAAAUCAAUAAAUAAAGUCAAAAUAAAAAAGUAAAAAAUUUUUAACCGUUUAGAAGCAUUUUGAACCAAGUUAUAAUAUUAUGAUAAGUCAAAAUGAGUAACUGCCUUAGGUUCACGGCCUCAUAACUCACGCUUGCCCCAAUUUCAGGAAACGUGGCUACACUCAUUUUAACGAUACUUACCUCUGUUUUAAUAAUUCGUAGAGAAAACGUCUUCCCAAAGUGCUUUUAUUUUGAGAAAAAUGUCAUACUGUAAUAUUUUUUACUAUUUUUAAAGUUUUUUACAUUUUUAAAUGCCUUCCGGGCAUAAUGGAAAAAAGUAAUCAAGAGCAAAAGUUCUUUGUAUUAAGUCAUCUAUCAAGCAAAAAAAGUUUCAUCCAAAUCGGUUAACAGACAAAAAAGUUACAAAAUUUAAGUAAAAUCUACAGUACUCCUACAGUAACCCAAAAAAAAUUUUUUUGAAAUUAUUUUUUGAUUCUACUUAAUGAGUACUAUCAUUGGCCAAAAAAUAAAAAGAUUUAAAAAUACUUUUUUUUCCAUGUGCCACCCAUGUUUGGUUCUCUCGCGAACCUUGUUUUAAAUUUGAUUUUUUCAAAAUUAAUUACAAAAGUAUAAAAAUCAAAUAGCAAAAACUUUCUUUACAAAAUAAAAAAAUCCUAAUUUAUAAAAUAUUUAAUUAUAAUUUUUUUAAGCACAAAUUUACGACCAACUCAAUUUGACAAGGCCGAAGAAGUCACCGCCAAAGACGACGUCGCCGAGAACACGGUUGAGACUAUUAACAUUGGCCGAGAUGGUCAAGUAGCACUUUCAAAAAAUGAAGCCAAGAGUAAGCAGAUAACAUAAAAAUAUACAAGUUAAUGACGACUAACCUGAAAUGCUCUUUUUUAAUCGGGGAUACUUUCCUAGUACGUAAAAAAGACAAGUUUUCUUCCAAAAAAAUCUGAAAAACUUAUUUUUUGAUUUAAAAAACCAUUUUUCACCUUAAAACAAGGUUCGCCCAAGAAUCAGACAUAGGCGAUGAAAAAUUUCAAACUAUUUUAAAAACGCUCGUUUUUCGAUAAGAAGUAGCACUUGGGUAGAAAAAUGGAAAAAUAUAAAAAAAUUUUAAGAAUUCGGGUUACGGUAGGGUUACGGUAGGUUUUGAUGUAUACAGAGACGUCGCUACGGAUUUUCUGUGGAGAGGGGAAGGUUGAAAAAAAAUUUUUUGUCCACACGUCCCCCCCCCCUGUGGCUCGAUUUUUCAAAAAAAUUUUUUUUUGUUUUUUUUUGCGUACAGAUCUUUUAUAAGUCACUUACCAAAAGCCAAGGCAUUUUUUUUUAUUUCCAAGCUUUAAAAAUUUUUUAAAAUUUAAAAUUUAAAAAAAAAUUUUUUUUUGAAUUACAAAUCCCUGAGGCAAUGCAAAGGAAAUUAUUUGUAAACACUUAUAAAACUUUCAAUAUGUGCCAUGCACCUUUUUUAACCAUUUGUAACCAUAUUACAGUCAAAUUCUGUGCUAAAUGACCUUAGAGUGUCAAUUUUGAAAAUUCGUAGCUACCGCAGGCCCCGCUAAAAUGACCCAUGCGUAGUGUCAUUAGAACCGCAAGAAAAUGUAGUUUCAUUAUCUGUUGUCAAAAGUUUGUUACAUAGUGACUUUUUUUCGAGAAAUUUUAAAUUUUUCAAAAUUUUGAUUAUUUUUUUGCAAACUUUAAUUUUUUUCAAUGCCUUCCGGGCAUAAUAAAAAAAUGUUGUCAACAGAUAAAAUGAUUGUGAAAUAGUAACAAACAGUUUAAAAAAAGUCCCAUUCCAUUCUGACAUUUAAUACAACAGUUACAAAAAAAUUUUAAAACCUACCGUAACCCUACCGUAACCCGAAUUUUAAAAAUUUCUUUAUAUUUUUCCUUUUUUAUACCCAAGUGCUAUCUCUUAUCAAAAAAUGAGCGGUUUUAAAGUAGUUUGAAAUUUUUCAUCGCCCCUGUCUGACCAAUGUUCGAUUCUUAGGCGGACGUUGUUUUAAAAAAACUAAAUGAAAAAAAUUUUUUCAAAACAAAUAAAGCAAUAACUUUAAAGUACCUUUUUAAUUUUUCUUUAUUUCAGAUGAAAUGUACCACAUACAGAACCAUGUAAGCAUACUUCAUAUUUGAUAAGUUUUUUAAUGUGCAGAGUCAUUUUCUCGUUCACUUUUCGCAAAUUGCCAAAGUGUUAGGUCGUUCACUUAAUUCUGCGCCGCCUUUUAAAGCAAAAUUAUCUAAAACAAUUUCACCUUUUUAAAAAAAACUUUAGGUAAAUGAGCCUACAGAAACCAAAGAAGAGCCGGCGCGGAAGUUGGAGAGCAGCCAAAUGGCCGAGAACCCCACAAGCAGCAGUUGCUCCUGCACCUCGUCAGACGAAGUUACUCUUGAUAGCCGCAACUGGUAA